GGACCUUCAGUAACCAAACAGGCCUGAGCAGCUCCAAAGAAUGCUGGCCCUGUCCUGGAGGCAAAUUCUGUGCAAAUCCAGGUCUUGUUGUUCCUAGUGGCCCUUGUUUGCCUGGGUAUUACUGCACCCUGAAGGCACGGGUAUCCAACCCUGUUCAUGAUGAAACUGGAGACUUCUGCCCCGCAGGGCAUUUCUGCCCCUUGGGUAGCAGUAGCCCAACACCAUGCCCUACUGGGACCUUUCUACCCCAGCUUGGAAUGAUGUCCCAAAAUGCCUGCUUGCCUUGUCCUGGAGGAACCUUCUGCCAAGGGGAAGGCCUAACCAGUGUUUCAGGCAUGUGUCAUUCUGGUUACUACUGUGAAAUUCUGUCCUCACGUCCUGACCAGAAGAUAUGUCCUCCAGGAUUCUACUGUCCCGAAGGCACAGGGUUGCCAGUGCCAUGCCCACCAGGAAGCAUCAAUCCCCACAUUGGGAAGUGGGAUGCUGCUGACUGCAAACUCUGUCCAGCUGGGUAUUUCUGCAGUGGGCUUGGAAAGGCUGCUUCUGAGGGAACAUGUUCCUCUGGUUACUACUGCCCAUCAGGGCAGGCCUCUGCCACACCUGUUUCUUACCGCUGCCCACAUGGAUUUUAUUGCCCUGAAGGAUCUGUGGCUCCAGUGGCUUGCCAGAAAGGCACCUACCAAUCUGAGGAAGGGAAAGACUCAUGUGAUCUCUGUCCAUCUGGGUUCUUUUGUGAAGCAUCUAACAUAAGUGCUAUGGUUCAGGUUCCCAAGCCAUGCUUUCCUGGGCAUUUUUGCCCUCCUGGCGCUAAAUCGGGCACAGAGCACCCAUGUCCCAAGGGUACAUAUAGGCCAAAAGCUGGUGCUGCUAUGGAAUCUGACUGUGAGCCUUGCCCAGCAGGCAUGUACUGCUUAUCCCUUGGACUCUCCCAGCCCAGUGGUCUUUGCCAUCAAGGCUACUACUGCACCAAGGGAGCAGUCAACCCAACUCCCAUUAGACACAGGGUGGAUUCUGCCAGCUUCCUCUUGACUGGGAAUGACAUCUGCCCUUCUGGCCAUUUCUGCCCAAAUGGGACUGGAUACCCCAUGCCUUGCCCCCCUGGCUCCUUCUCCGCAUCUCUGGGCUUAAAGGCAGAGCAAGAGUGCCACCCUUGCCCAGCAGGACUCUAUUGCAGCCAAUCAGGAAUAUCUGAUGUCUCUCAAAUGGCGCCUUGUAAUGAAGGGUAUGUUUGCCUGGAAGGUAACUCUGCUCCCUGCCCCAGUGAUGGGCUCCAUGGGUAUAGAUGCCCCAGAGGCUUCCGCUGUCCUGAGGGCACUGGCCUGGAGAUUCCUUGUGACCCUGGCAUGUUUAGCCCAAUGGUUGGGGCAAGCACCUGCCUCCCUUGCCCAGCAGGUACAGCCUGCAAGGAUGCUGGCACUGCAGAGCCACUCAGCUGCCCUCGAGGUUACUAUUGUCCACUCCAGACUGCUGUCCCCUUUCCAUGCCCAGCUGGUACACUGAACACUCUAGAAGGGGCACUGUCCUUUAAUGCUUGCAAGCCAUGCCCAGUUGGGAGGUACUGCAGUGACAAUGCAAACUGGGAACCUGAUGGUUUGUGCUCUACUGGGUAUUACUGUGCUGGAGGAGCCUCCGAUACUGUUCCACAAAGCACUGCCGAGUUUCCUCUCAAUGGACCUUGCCCACGGGGGCACUAUUGUCCAGAAGGCACUUGGUUCCCUGUUGCCUGCCCAGUGGGCACUCUGAAUAGUGCUACAGGAGGUUCCUCUCCAGACUGCUGUGUUCCCUGUUAUCCAGGAUUCUUCUGUGCUGGUGUGGGCUUGAGUUCACCUACUGGACCAUGUGCGGCUGGUUUCUAUUGUCCAGCAAACUUCAGCUCCUUCAGCCCAACAGCUUUUCUCUGCCCGGAGGGACAUUUCUGUCACUCUGGAGCUGCCUAUCCAGCUCCUUGCCCCACUGGUGAAUACCAACCAAAUCGAGGAUCAGUGUACUGCCUCCCCUGUCAAGCAGGAUUCUACUGCCAUGAGGCUUUUUCUGGGGACCCCAAGCCUUGUCCGCCACAUUCCUAUUGUCCUGCAGGUGCUUUAGUUCCUCAUCCAUGUCCUCAUGGCACAUUUACUCCUUCAGAUGUGUCUGGUCUACGGGAGGAGCGAGAUUGUUUUCCUUGUCCUCCCGGUCACUAUUGCAGGGGAGGACGGAUGGAGGGGAGAUGUGCUGCUGGUUUCUUCUGUCAGGAAGGGAGCUCUGAUGCAACCCCACAGGGUCAUAACUACACCUGGAGUCCCCUAGCUGACUGUCUCUGGGGCCAGGUGUGUGCAGGACUCUGCCCAGCAGGUUUCUAUUGCCCAGAAGGCUCAGAGGCACCCAUCUCUUGUCCAGAUGAUACUAUUGGUUCUCUCCCAGGUGCCAGAAAAAGUGAAGACUGUCUGCCUUGCCCACCAGGACGCUGGUGUAAAACAGGAAACUCGGAGGCAUAUCCAUGCACCAGUGGGUAUAACUGCUAUGGCAUGACUUACACUGACACUGAUGAACCCCGAACUCUCCAACAGUGUCCCAAGCAGGCUUUCCGGACAGAACUAAACACCGAGAGUGCAUCCAAUUGCCAGCCCUGUUCAUCAGAUUACCAGUGUCCUGCAACAGCAGCCAUGGCUUUUGGAGACUAUCCUUGUGCGCCAGGGCAUUGGUGCCCAGGGAGAAGGGAGGCUUUCCUUUGCCCACCUGGUUCCUAUAGGACUCAGCCGGGUGCUUUGACUUUGGAGGAAUGCCAGCCCUGCCCUUCUGGAUUUUACUGUCCAGACCCAACAAAGUCAGGAGUGCCAAAUAUCCAUGGAAUACCUUGUGAACCAGGCUAUGAAUGCCCACCAGGUUCAUCCAGCCCCAUGGUGUGCCGGCCUGGUUCUUUCUGUGGCCCCCAUACAGGGAUUCCACCUCUGUGUCCUGCUGGAUAUUACUGUCCUGGAGGGUCAUCCACAUAUAAUAUGCCUGAGCAGCAAUGUGUCUACCCCCAUUAUUGCCCUCUUGGGAGUGCCCAGCCACUUCUGUGCCCAGCUGGCUAUACAGCUCUGAACACAACAGGUCUCAGAGACUCCUUCAAGAAGAGCUGCCAGGCCUGUGAGGCAGGCACAUAUGGUGGCAGUCCAGACAUCUACCCGCCUUGUUCGCCUUGCCCACCAGGAUUCAGCUGUCCAGAAGGCACAGGAAGUUACCUUCAGCAUCCCUGUCCUCUAGGAUAUUACUGUCCUCCAUUGACCUCUUCCCCCAUGCCCUGUCCUCCUGGUACUUAUGGGAACACCAGCCUUGCAAAGCAGAUGGAUGAAUGUCACCCUUGCCCAGCUGGAUCGUUCAACCACCUACCAGCUCAGACUGGAUGCUUUCCCUGUGGAAGCUCCUCAGCAUCCAAAUUAGGUAGUACCAGCUGUACUUGCCAUGGUCUGAAUCGGGCUUUUCAGGAGUCGGAUGGUUCUUGCAUCUGCCAAGUGGGAUACCUUUACUAUGAUGAAAGAGGAAAGAAAGCACCUGACAGCAACAGUGACCAAGACUGCCAGCCCCAGGUGGAGGCACGUUGUGCUCCUGGAGAGAUCCGCUUGGCAUCCACCCGCAUGUGUGUGUUCCCUGAGCAGUAUAACUGCUCCCCAGUCUGUGAUCCAGUGAAUGGAGAACUCCAUGCUGAACUUGGAAUCUGUCAUUGUGAACAGUAUGUCUCUGCUGAAGAGGUCUGUGAUCAUCUGUGUUUGCUGAGAUCACCGCAGCUUUCCAUGAGAUUCGGUGCAGAAAGAGAGUUGCUCUUGGACAUUGAGGGGGCUGGUGAAAGAGAGAUAGCAAAUAUUCUGGGACCAGAUGAACAUAUUCAGGAAAGCCAGCAGGUCCAUUUGUCUCUCUUUAGCCCCAGUGGAGUUUUUGGUUUCCUUCUUUCCAGCUCCGAAAUGCUUGAUGCCUUUUUGUCAGGAGAUUUGGGGUUACUUCCUCCUAGACAAAGGCAUCGGCGAGAUGAAGAGGCUGCAUCGUCCCAACACACUCCCCUUUUACCCACAAUCCCAAACCCUGUUGCAUGUCUGGCAGUGGGAGACACUAUCCUUUUCCAGUUGAGCAUCAACCCUCAUGAUCGAAUUUCCAGUCACUAUCCUGUCUACCAGAAGCAACAUCUCUACAACAGCAAUGCCAACUGGGAUUUUGGUGCAUUCAGGAGGCUAGAUCACCUCAUUCGAGAGACUCAGGUCAACAUUUCCAGGUUUGCUCAUGUUUUCCUGGAACCCGGGACAUACGUCUUCUGGGAUAAUGCCAUUGAGGAACGGAUGCUAAUUGUGGUGGUGAACAAUGAUAGCAUGGUCUGUGACCCUCUCACAGCUUCCUUCCAGCCCUCCUCUCCAUACCAACUGACUCGCCAUGGGGUCCUGAAGCGCCAGGUGCUCAAUGUCGCCCCAGACUGGGCAGCUAUAUCAGCUGUGAUUUUUGUCCUGGGUUUCCUGACAGCGUUAUUGACAGGCCUCAUUGUCCUUUUGAGGCAUCCCACCUCCAUUCCAAGUCCAAUGAAAAGCUGGAAGCCACGAUGGAGAAGCCUGGGAGAACCACACAUCCCACCUGAAUAUGUGCUGAUUAAAGAGAGCCUCCAAUUCUAUGAAGCACUUGGCCCCCGUGGCUCUGGAGAGGAACCUGAUGCUGGAGAAAGAGGUUUUUCUGGAAUAGGGGACCGAUUCGCAAUAAGAGAUCUGGAAGAUUUCAGUGUCCGCACUUUGUAUGACAAACUGGAGGAUCAGAAUCUGCACCUUGCAUCACAACUCGCAAAACAUCGGGCAGAUGUCCUGGUGUUUUACCAAGGGAUCAGCCAGAAAAUCCAGAGCCUUUUGGAUAUGGUACAGACACUCAACAUGGGUGAAUUGAGAGACCUCCAAAGAGCAAAAGUUUUGAGGGACAGAACCCAGGUCCCUUUCAGCCCUUUCAAGGAGACCCAACAGAGUGAGAAUUCUGCAACCAAGAUUUUUAGAGUGUUGCAAGCAAUGGGCUAUCCAGGCUCUGAGUGGCAGGAAGCAACAGAUUUAAUGAAAGCACUGGGAAUGUUGCUGCGCAAAGUCCAUUGUGGGAAAGUGAUGGCAAAGCAAGAAAGGGCCCAGGGGCAUGAUGGGGUGCCCAUCCGAGAGCCAGCAGAAACUCAGCAGCACUGCUUGGAUGCAGGUGUGCUGCAGCAUCAUGUCCUCUCCAGUGGGAAGAGGGCUUCUCCUAGUUCCCAUGGAUGUGAAGACCAAGGGCGGGAUCUGCAGACUAGCAAGAGCGCCAUGCUUGCCUGUGUGACAGAGCUGGAAGUCGAAGCCUUGAUGGCGACAUCUCCUCUUGCCAGGACUCUACAGGAAAUCAAGCAGUUUUUGGAGGCAUCACAACAACCUCUUCACUCCCCUUCUUCAUCAGGGAUAAAAGAAGAUGGCAGUCCUUUUGCUCCAGGGCCUGGCAUUGGUACAGUGCUUUCCACCAACUUGGCCAGCUUGUCUCCUCGCCAUUUUGUGGUCUAUCGUUUUGGCUGCACUGUGGCUAAGCUGCUGGGAAAAGUCUUCACCUUCCCAGGACUGGUACUUCUGUUGGCUCAAGCAAUCCCCAAACAAGAUCCCAUGGAGGUCCAGGAGCCUCUUCAGUUGGCCAGGGAUUUCUACUAUGAUGCUAAUAAUAGGUGCCUCUACAUCCUUUCAUCACACCUGGAGAAUGCCGGUGGAUUCAUAGCGGUCCUGGUGAAUGCCAUCGCUCACAUCAAAGCAGGCCCUGAGAAGGUCAUCCCCAAGAACACUGGCUUUUGGAAAGAGCUCAAUACAGCCAUCGCAGCAUUAGCUAAUGCCUUAUUCCAAUGCUCUUGGGAAGCAGCAGCAGCAGAAGCCGAGAAGGACACUGUGAAAAAUUAUUCCCCAGUUUGUUUAGCCGCGAGGUCUAUUUUUGAAGAACUGUUGGGUAUUCAAAUGUUGCUCAGUCCUCGCUUCUUUGAGAAGCACCUAUGUGAAAGGCUGAAGCAUUACAAAAACUUCCACCUGCAAGCAGAGCUACAUAAUAUAUUGGACAAUCCAGAGCAAAGUGUGGAGAAAGGGUACAGCAAUGAGAAAGAUCAGGAAGGAGAUUUCUCUAGCCUCCAGGUGAAAACUACAGAGCUAGAGCAGACGCUGGAUGCCUUGAAUGAGGAUUUCUUCCAGCUCUCAGUGCAAGUCUUGACGAUCUACAAGGAGGAGGAACAUUUGAAUCAGGAACUUAGAACACAAGAAGACUCUAUCUCAUUUGAAUCUUCAAGUGAACUUCUUGGGAAGAAAACACUACACUUCUCAGAACUUCUUGAAUCCUGGGCUGCCAAGAGGGACCAAAGGGUUCUGCUGGAAAUUAAGAGAAGCCUCCUUGUACAGAGGAUCAGAGAGGUGGAAUCAGAACUGGCAUCACUUGGAAAUCUGCAGCCACUGCCAGCUUGA